CCAUUGCUUGUGGAACUAGUUUGCUUCAAAAUUAACUAUUCAAUACAAUCAAUUUAGUAUAAUUUAUACUAUAAUAAAUAAACCUAUGAGAACAAAGUGCCAUUUUGAAGUUCGAUUGUGUUAUUAUUAUAUAAGUGUUGAAAAGUGGAUUUCGCGACAGUUUUUCUCCGGUAUUUAUAUUCUCUGCUAGAGAUCAAUAAUGUUCAUGAAGAACACACUUAAAAUGAUGGACACGUAAAUGCGUACUGGAAUCGAAUAGUUGCAGUCAGUUUGCGGAUCCUAGAAAGUUAAACUACUGGUAAAGCUUUAGCUUCACCAUGGGUACGGUUUUGUCGUUUUCGCCGCGGCCCCGGAAGCCUCUUUAUGAGGAAAUAAACUUGAACAAUUUCAAUUACGAAUUAUUAAACAACAACAACCACUCUAAAGUAGGAGUAUGGGACUCCAAAGACAAGCGAGUGAAACAGCACUCGAUUUUCCUCAGCGGACUAAGCUGGAAGAAAUUCACCGUAAAUGGCAACAAAAAGAAAGACAAGAACAUCUUUAACCGACACUCCACUGUCGGGAUACUCACGGGAAAGGUUGACAAUAAUUGUAACAUUGAAAACAUUAACAUCAACAAGAACGUUCAGAAAUCUGCGUCUUGCUACAACCUUAAGGCUCCGGACGCACCACUUCAAAACCACGUCGAAAACAACAAUAAUAUAAAGAGCAAAAAUGAUGUAAACCUGAAAAACAACAUAAACAACAAUCAUAAAAUCACCGGCGACCAGAAACCUGAAGUUGAACUGGUUCAAAAGGUCAACAAAGGCACGAGUCCCCGGAAGACCGUCAUCCAAGCGUCUACAUCCGAGUUGUUGAAGUGUUUGGGGGAGUUUCUGUACCGUCGAUGUAAGAAGAUGCGCCAUUUCGAGGGCAUGGACGCAAUUGUGUGGCUCCGGACCGUUGACCGAUCGCUGCUCCUGCAAGGUUGGCAAGACGUCGCUUUUAUCAACCCGGCCAAUGUCGUGUUCGUCUUUAUGCUCGUACGCGAUAUGGUUACACCGGAAAUGAGUGACGAACUCGAGCUGCAAGCGAUCGUCUUGACCUGCCUGUACCUUUCGUACAGCUACAUGGGAAACGAAAUUAGCUACCCGCUGAAACCGUUUCUAGUUGAAGAUGAUAGAGACAAAUUUUGGGACCGGUGUUUACUGAUUAUUAACGCACACAGCUCUAGCAUGUUGAAGAUCAAUAGCGAUCCGAGCUUUUUCACCGAAGUAUUUACAGAACUGAAGCGGUACUCACCGCUAAUAUCUUAAUGCAGACCGGGACAUACAUCUUAGACUAGUUGAUAUUAGAGAGGUGUGUGUUUAAUCUAACUAGUUCAGGCUUUUGACGACCAGAGCAUGUUUUUGAAGUGAUAAUGCGCAUUUUAUUUGAAUUCUCAUUGUCGGCUUUUGCGGACACGAAAAUUGCGCGGACUCAUUGGCAUUAAAGACAUGUUGCGGACAUUACCGCUUUAUUUUAUAAAAUGAAAGAGCGCAUCCUGUUUUGCAUGAACUUAUAAUAACUGGAUAGGAGGUUUUGACCAAUAUCCACAUGCGCUGGUAAGAAGAUUUAACUUUGUCAGUUUACAAGGCGAACGACAUUCAUGAUCAAAGACAAAUAAUUUCGAAAAUUAUUACUCGUUUUGAGCACAGUUCAAUACAAGUAUCGUCACCACCGACAUUUCCCGGGGAUCAUGGAAAGGCCACGUGAUGUACGUUUAAACGGUAUCCAUUCCGGUUCAAUGAUAUUCAUGCCAUCUUGUAUAUUUUAUCAAAAUACAUAAGAUGUGACAUUAUUAUUAACUUCAAUUUAGUGCAAAUAAUACAAUGCCAGUAAAAACAAUACUUUAACUUGAAGAAAACAAUUAUUCAAUGUCAUAAUGGAUUGUACGGUACCAAAGGAUCCGCGAAGUUAAGGGGAAGUAACCGUAGAGCGGAAAACUAUUGAUUUUCGACGCUCACACAAUCAUAUUCGUUUUUAUGGCUCCAUUAAAUAACGUAAAAUGCAAAAACUACAACGUAACCGCGUUCAGGCUCUCGAUGUAUUGUACUUGUGUCAGCCAUUUUGUUGUCGCUACCAGUUUAGGCUUGUUAGGUGUUUGUAAAAAAAAAUGAUUAGUUUUGCAAUCUCUUUCCAGAGUUGAGGAUCGUAGCAGUUAUGUUUAAUGUAUCGAUGCAUCGAUCGAUAACUCUGGAAUGAAUCUGCGAUCAUUUAGAAGUAGUGUUAAAUAACACACAUGGGUGCAGAUAUAUUGAUUAUACAUUGUAUUUUGUGAUAGCUUUGAAAUCAUGCUUUUUUUGUUGUUGAUGUUCAAUAUAAUUGUUGAUAUUUGAUAAAUUGUGCAAUAGACAUCCAAACACGAUUGAUGGGUAAACUCCGAUUUGUAGUAUUUAUAAAUUUAUAAAUGUUAAUAAAGUGAUGAAUACGAAACAGAUUGAGCACAGACGAACAUACGUUUAUUGCAUACAUGUAUACAAAAACGGGUGCGAACCGCGUCAUGCGAAAAUGGGUCUUAUAACAUAUUCGGCCGGCGGAGCUUCACACCAGCCUGCGCAGAUUGCCUGAAUGCGCGAGCAGGUCUUGAGAUAUGCUUGUCGCAAUUAUUUUUCGCAUGAUGGUCUAAUGUGAAGAUUGUAGAGGUUUUCUGUUAAAAUUGACCUUUCUAAUUUUCACUAGCAGCCAUGUGAAUGUAUAAGUGGAUGCGAUGUGCAAAAUAAAUGCUGUAAUAAUACGGUCAUGAAGAGCCAGGCUUUCCAACUAGUAAGUAAGAUAAAAAAGGAUGGGAAUACUUGUCCUCGAUUACUUAAGCGUUUUUUUUUAAAUAUUAAUAUAUACAAAUAAGUGUUUAACAUAAAUGUUAACAAUCCACAUUUAUAAUUUCAUGAUUAUAUGACACAUAAUGGUCAUAAAUUAUGCCAUUUGUCAAUGGAAAAUUAAUACUUGACACUGUUUACAGUAUGAAAUUAAGAUCAUAACUAAAUAUUAUUCUCUUUACGGCAUACUUGAGAAUCGUCGAGAUAUCGGGACCGAGUCGUUCUGCCAUCAAUAUCCUCAUUUAGGUUCUGGAAACAUUUGGGUCGCGUUCUGAGAAAACUGGGCAUAAUGCAUGUGCGUAAAGUGUCGUCCCAGAUAAGCCUGUGCAGUCCACACAGGCUAAUCAUGAACGACACUUUCCGCUUUCAUGGUAUUUUUUAAUUUCAAAGAAGUUGCUCCUCACCGAAAAUCAAGUUUAGGCGGAAAGUGUCGACCCUGAUUAGCCUGUGCGGACUGCACAUGCUAAUCUGGGACGACACUUUACCCACAUGCAUUUAGCCCAAUUUCCACAGAACAAGACACAUUUAGUUCCAAAUAUUUCAUCAAAGCAAGCAACGAUCAAUUUCAAAAUAUGACAUAUAUUAUAAUUAUGCAAUCCGUUUGUUGUGGGCCAGUAUUUUAUGUGUGUUUGUUUUUAAAUAAGACCAAUAAGUACGGAUAUAAAACAAUCAAGGAAUCAAUAAAUAAGUAUCACUACGCAACGUACUGUUCAUUUGGCAUUUGCUUUUUCGCAGUCAUGCUUAAAAGUUGUUUAUCUGUUAAAUCUAUAUAUCGGACUUUUUAUACUGAACUUUGUUCUAUUACAUUCUGUUCAUAUAACAAAAGGAAAUAUGUGUUUGUUUUUCAGGCAUUU